AUGGCGUUUUCACGAAUUAAGGCUGGCGGGGAAAGAGUGUGUUUUAUUUGUAUUGGUUUAUUUAUUGGGUAUUAUUUCUCCCAGAGGGAUCUUGUUAGAUCUCCGUCAUCAAAUGAAGAUGUGUCUUCGAUACAAUCUCGCACAGUCACUAUUCAGGGUAAACUGAAACAAGCAGCGACAAAUGAUGUAACGGCUUCUCGUCCCCGUAUCGACAUAGAUGAACCAAGGACAAACAAGAGUACUGCUGACUCCAGUAAACAACGGAUUAAUAGUGCUAAUGGCGAAUCACCGAAACAAGAUGAAUUUAAAAAAACUGUUGGGGUGGACAAAAAUGUGGGGGUAGACGAAGCUGUGAAGAAAAUGACCGUGGACUUAUAUCCUUACAGAAAGUAUAACCCAUUUGCAAUGGAAUGGAUGAACGUAGUUGAUGAGUUGGAAUGGAUUCAUAGAAACAGUUAUAACGAAGACAAGAAGGUUUAUAAAAUGCCUUUCAAUUUAGGUAGUGGAGAGCUGCAACAAACGUCAGUUAAUGAAACUAGACUUGUAGUGCGGAAUGCGAAAAAAAAUAUUCGCAAAGGCACAUAUAUUUGUGUUAGUAUCGAAACCAUCGAUCAGAAUGGCCGUAAACGAAACAGAGGAGGUGACUUUUUCACUGCUGGCAUGACGAAUGUUCGACUAGGUAUGAGUACGGCUGGUCGUGUUGUUGAUCAUGGCAACGGCACAUACCAUGUUUAUUUCUAUGCAGCCUGGUCUGGCGAAGCAACAAUAGAUAUUGCACUAUCUUAUACAAGGGAAGCUAUCACUUACAUGAAAGAUAUAGUGAGAAGAAAAGAAGAAAUUCUGGGAUUUGCUGCCAACUACAGCGAUGGUAAAAAUACAGAGGAUACCCGUUGUUCUCUCAUCAACGAAGGCGUAUGGACAAACAGAUGUGAAUAUAUUAAUCCUAACUCUUUGGGAAAAACAGUGUUUGCUUGUAAAAAACUAGAUCGAUUCAGAUGUGACCAGAUUACCAACAUUUGGGCGGGUGUUACUGGAUUGAACCGUGUUGCUACAGAUGAAAUAAAAAAGAUUCAGUAUCUACAUGAAAGCAAAUAUAGCACCGUGAAAUUAAAAGGAACUCCAAUAAAGUUAAAUAUAUUGGAUGAUGUCGUUAGUCCCCCACAACUGCCGAUGUGUGGUCCCGAUCUACCUAUACCGUUAUCAGAUGGCUACUGGGAGAACAAUACCACUUUCGUUCCUCUCGUUUGUCAGAGUAAACAGUGGGAACAAGAAGAAAUUGACAAAUGCUUAGCUGACACGGAGGUGCUUGGUGUUGGUGACUCUACCCUUGGUCCAUUAACUAACGAGUUUAUCAAAUUCACCAGAAGUGUGGAAGAAAAACUUUCAUUUCAUGACCCCCAGACUUGCCGGCCCAAAAGUUCCGAUUAUGGAGACUGUAUUCGAAAGCGAUAUGAUUGA